GAAGUCACGCUGCCGGAGCGAAAGGGGAAAGCUAUCCACUUACAAAGAACCCGAUAUCACUCGCAUGGCGCACGGGUAACCUGAUCGGCUUGGGCAGAAACGAGGCGGGGUGACGGACUAAAGGAAUCUGAGGAGAAGAAUAAAAACAAUGUCUGUUUCCUCUAGUGAAGUGACAGUGGCAGGCGACAUCAAAAAGGAAAAUGUGAAGUACACGGAGAUUCUCGAGAGCUCCACGGACAGUCGGGGGCACGUCAAACUCCUGACUCUGGAGACUCCGGUGGCCGCCGGGAUGCUCGUCGGGCAGCAGCAGCAGCAGCAGACCUCUCCACCGGAGCGCAAGAUGCCCACUAUGGACUCUUUGUCUGCGCACACUUCACCCGCAGCAACCGCGAGCUCUUUGGCUUUCUCACCGGAGCAGGUUGCGUGUGUUUGCGAAGCGCUUCAGCAGGGGGGCAACGUGGAUCGACUCGCCCGGUUUCUGUGGUCUCUCCCGCAGAGCGACUUAUUGCGCGGUAACGAGAGUAUCCUCCGCGCUCAGGCGCUGGUGGCCUUCCACCAGGCGCGCUACCAGGAGCUUUACAGCAUCUUGGAGAGCCACAGCUUCAGCCCCUCGUGCCACUCUGCACUGCAAGACUUAUGGUACAAAGCCCGGUACACGGAGGCGGAGAAGGCCCGUGGUAGACCGCUAGGCGCAGUGGAUAAAUAUCGCCUGCGACGCAAGUUUCCCCUGCCCCGGACCAUCUGGGAUGGAGAGGAGACGGUGUACUGCUUCAAAGAGCGCUCCAGGAACGCGCUGAAGGACCUCUAUAAGCAGAACCGGUACCCGUCCCCGGCCGAGAAGAGGAAUCUGGCCAAGAUCACAGGACUGUCCCUGACACAAGUCAGCAACUGGUUCAAAAACAGGAGGCAGAGAGACAGAAACCCGUCAGAGGCGCAAUCCAAAAGCGAGUCAGAUGGAAAUCACAGUACGGAGGAUGAGAGCAGUAAAGGUCAGGAGUCUCUGUCCCCGUGUCCGAUGUCGACCUGUGCUGAUGGGACGGUGGGUAAUGCAGUCGUGCCUCUCUGCUCUGGAGCUCUUGAGGCCGGGGUUAUCGUCCAGCAGGUUGGAGACAGCAGGAAUUCUGUCUCGUCAUCGUCUGUAAUCUUUAACGGAGUCUCAGUCAACACGCCCGCCUCCGUUUUCCACAACGGCACCCCUUCGUUCCUCUCCACCACAGGACAUGUUCUCUUCAGUGGCAUGAACUUGGGACUCCAGUCGCUGGCUUGCAGAUCAGUGGCAGAGUUGGAGAUGGAUGGUGAAGGACAGGAUAAAAGGGUAACGGCAGACCCUGCACUGGUGUACCCCUCAUUUCACUGCAGUGUGAAUGGGACAGAUGUAGAGGUGAAAGCAGAGGAUGUUAGGCAGGAUGUGUCAGUUCAGGACCAGAACACGUCCAUUAGCUCGCCGUUCACUGUCACCUCGACCGAUGGCUUGCAGCUUGAAGGUUACAGCUUGGUUCCUGAAGCCAAUGGGACCUCACUGCUGAGCAACAAGAUGGUACUUCCUCCCUUGCAACUCCCAUCAUCCUCUUCACCCUCAUCAGUUACACAAGGUGUUGUUGAUGGCAGUUCUCCUGCUCCCGCCUCUCUGUGUCACCUCCGGGUGGAGGAGCAGGACAGGCUGCAGCUGACCUCUCUUGAGCCCAGCGCCGCUCUCUACGGCCUGGCUAGCGUACACACACUGUCUGCUGUAAAGAAGGAACCUUUGGAGACUCCUGGUAGAUACCUUUACCACCUGGGUUACUCCCAUGAUCCCACCCACAGCUCCCCCACCUCACUUAACACCACCAUGACAACGACCCAGCAAGACUACACUACUCUCACAGUGAGCGUACCCUUACUCGCCCAAACGGACCUUACCGGCGAGUUCAGAGGUCAUGAUGCCCAGAUGACCUCGAGCCUAAAUGGAGACUUCCUAUGUGCAGUUUCAGAGGGAGGGAAGGGAGAGAUGAGAGAAGUGGAGGAAGAAGAGGAAAAACAUCUGACAAAACUAAAAACAGUCCAUAUAGAGGAAGAGAUGACUGACCUUUGAACUUAAUAGGAGAAGGAGGUAAAAUACUUUUUACUGAAAUCACAAUAUUAUUUUGGAUUAUUGAUUGAGUUGUUUUUUUUAUGUUUUCAGCCUCUAAAUGUUUUAUUGUUUUUUAAUGUAAGUAUUAAAUUAUUUUGGUGAAUCUGACUCCAGUUUGGUUUGGAGAACCUAUGCAAAGUUUAUUUGAAGAAUACAGUUUUUGAAAGUGUUUGUUUUUGUCUUUCCACACACAGAUAAUUUUUUCAACUAUACUCUAUCAAUAGUUAUGUAUAACAGGGGUUUUCAAACAAGAGACUUCUAGGGUGUCCAUGGAAAAGUUUACAGAAAAAAUCUAGUGUAAAUAAAUAAUAAAUACAUAAAUAAAUAGAAGUUCACAGAAAAUAAUAAAUAAAAAUAAAUACAUAAAAGUUCACAGAAAAUAAUAAAUAAAUAAAUAAAAAUAAAUACAUAAAUAAAUAAAAGUUCACAGAAAAUAAUAAAUAAAUAAAUAAAUACAUAAAUAAAUAAAUAGAAUUCCUGUUUUUGUUAUGCUUUCAUUUGAUUUCAUUCUUCUUUCUAAAGACUGGCUGAAAAUCCAAAGAUUAAUCAUAAUUAUUUUAUUAUUUAUGUUUCUCUACAUAACAAAACUGAUGUGUUGAAUAUAAUAGAAACAUAAUAACAUAAUAGAAACUAAAUAUUUUUUCAGAUAAUUUAUAGUAUGUGUACAACAUUAUCUAAUACUAAAAUAUUAUAGUAGAAAUUGGGACUUUAUACCUAAACAUAUAUAGCUUUUUAUAUUUUAGGAAUUUUUAUUGAGGCCCUUUCUAAGGGAAAUAUUAUUUGAAAUGAUCCAUGGUAUCAAAACUUUUGAAAACCCCUGGUAUAUGAAAUA